AUGGCCAAUAAAAUUUUUGAAUUAGAAUCAUAGUAGAAUCAUACUUUGAGUUAGAAAGAAUAAAAUAAAAUAGCUUUGUUUAAAUAUCUCUAAGUUUAUUACUCCCUUAAUCAGAAAAAUGCUUGUUAAGUGCUUUUAAAAAUAAUGAACGAAUUUCAUAUAGAGGACAUUACUUAAUUUGAGAAUUAAAAAUAAAAAAUUAUUUAGAAGUAUUAAUUAGUUUAGGAUACUUGUGUAGGUGAUUUAAUAAAUAUAUUGUAAAAUGAACUUGAAGUUAAAAAAUCGCAGGUUCUGAAUGUGGCAUGGAAUUUUUAAUAAAAAGGAAUCCGUUCUCGUUAUGAUUUAACAUUUGUUACAAAAGAAGAAGCAAAUUAUUUUCAAAUAAAUAAUGAAAAAUUGCUGGAAUGGAAAAAAAAACCAGAAAAUCAAUCUUAUAGUCCUUUUUUUAAAUUAGAUAUAAAAAGAACUUAGCCUCUAUCGAAUUUUAUUAUUAAUUUUCCUUCGAGCUUUUAACCAGAAAAUAAAAAUCAGUUUAAGACAUUUUAGAAUUCCAUGAUAAAAAUGCCCUUAUAAAUAGAUAAAUAAAUGCCCAAAAAUAUAGAGGGAAUAUAAAAAUCUUCAAUAACGAAAUUCUAUACUCAUUAUAAUCAAUAAAAUUUUCAAAUAUAAUCUUUUUAAAAACAAAAUCCUUCUUUACAAAAUUCCUAAAAUUCUUCUCUAAUGUUCUAAAAUUAGCCGAAUAUAAAUAAUUUCUAACCGCCAAGCUUUUAAAAAUUGAAUAAUUUAAAAAAUCAAGAGUAUAAGUUUUAGUUAUAAAAGAAUAUCAAAAAUAACGAUGAAAUUUAAAAAAUUAAAAAAGAAACAAUAAAAUAAAAUCUGGAAUCUUUAGUUUAGGAUUGUGUUAAGUUAAAAGAAAUUUAAGGUAAAGAUACAACUUUAAAAAUUAUAAAAUAUCCUAAAUAUCAAAAAGAAGAUUUGAAUAAUCUUAAAGAGAUGAAAACAAUUAUGAUUAUUGGCGAAACCGGAGUUGGUAAAUCAACUAUUAUAAAUUUUCUUUGUAAUUAUUACAAUGGAGUUGAAUUUGAAUUUCCAUUUAGGUUUUUCUUAGUUGAUGAAACAGAUGAAUCUAUUUUCUCAAAAUCAGAAGCUGUAAGCAAAACUUCUGAAGUGAUAAGUUAUUAUUUGAAAGGAUCUUAUGAAAAACCAAAUUUAAGAAUUAUAGAUACUCCAGGAUUUGGAGACACAAGAGGAUAAUAAUUUGAUUAAAUAAUAUCAUAAAGAAUAACUGAUUUUUUAAAUAAUUUAGAUUCCUUAAGUCUUAUUUGCUUUGUAAUGAGAUCAUCUCAAAAUCGAUUAACUCUUGAUUAAAUUUAUAUUAUGAAUAGUUUAAUUGAAAUUUUUGGUAAUGAUAUGGGAGAACAUUUUAUGUUCUUAUUUACAUUUUCUGAUUUUGAAGAUCCAUAAGCUCUAUAAGUUUUGCUGUUUAAUGGUAAAGGUGAUUAUCAAGCAAGUCCUUUUGUGAAUAUUAUUCCUAGACUUAAAAAUCCUUAUUGGUUAAAAUUUAAUAAUUUAGCUUUCUUGAGUACUGAAACAAAGGAAUUAAUUAAAAAAUAAUGGUAAGAGUCAUACUAACAAUUUUAAGUUUUAGUUGAAGAGAAAAUUUGCAAAAGUGAAUUUCUUGAUUUAACAAUGACCAAAAAGGUUAUUGAAGAGAGAAAAUAGAUUUAAGAUAUCUUUGAUAAAUUAAAAUAGGAAAUCCAAAAAUAUAUUGAUAUCACGAAUCAAAUUUAAGCUGAUGUUGAUAAAAAUGAUCUCUUGAAAGCUGAAUUACAAACAUCUAAAACUUUUUUAGAAGUUUUAAUCAAGGAUCUAUUAUUUUCUGUUAAUACUUUAAAUAAAUUUGCUCUCAAAACAUUAGAUAAAGAUUUUUAAAAGGAAUGUUUAGAUAUUUUAAUAAAGAAUGAAGAGGAUUAAAAAAAGGAUGGAUAUUAAAUGAGAGUUUAAUGUUUAUUAGAUAUUAAAGAAUUGUGGAAUUCAAUAAAGAUUUAAAUUAAUUGA